CCUUCCCCUGGCGAGAUGACUUCAAUUCACAUGAUCCCCCCACCCCAGUGAUAACACCAAUGAGUUGCAGAACCGCCAACCCCCUGAGGAGGCAGCUCCUGGGAAGGAACCCAGAAUUGAAGACACUUCCGGGGAUCACUUCUGUGCUCAGAAUGAAAUGAAGCUAUGGACGUCCAGGCUGGGUGCUGUGUGGGGAGGGAUGGUGUGGGAGGAAGUAGCGCCAUGCUGCCUGGAUUUGGAGGCAAAGGGGUUGUUAGACUUCUCUGAGACAUUUUCUUCUUUCAGAGCACUGGUCCUUGCCUCCCUUCCACAAGAAACCCCAUGGAGGUUGUUAGAAGUGAAAGUGCCUGGUCCACGGCACAGUCCUGCCCAACGUGCACCUCGCUCAUGGAUGACUGAGUUCCUCCUAUUUAACUGUUCAUUUCUACUGAAGGGACCAUUCAUUCAGUCUCUGGUAAGAUACCGGGUCCCUCCUUUAUCUACCAUAACCCAGUCUCCGUUUCCAUCUUACAGAGGCAGCAGGAAGAAACCAAAGGAGGACAAGGUACUGGUUGUUUCACUUCUGCAUAGCACACUAGGAAGGCUUGCCAAUACCAUCAGCUUUUGCCAGUUCUUAGGACAAGAUGCCUCGGGUGAAGCAUCCAAACCAGAAGCUGCCAAAGUCUAUCUUCCACGUAGGCAGCCCACAGAGGAGUCUAUGGCUGCCAAUUUAUCCCUACUGGCUUCUUCUGCUCUUCUCAAGGAACACCUGCUGCCCAAAGAUUCUAAAAUCUUGUCGCCUGUCCUGCUGAAUUCCUCAGUUUCCAUGGAGUCACAAUCAACUAUGAGUGCCUCUCAGCCAGCAGAGAUCUUGACUUCUGGAAGUUGCCACUCACUACCAUGGGCAUCUUCACUAGCUUCUCAUUCUGCUGAUCCUGCAGCUUUUUCCUCCAUGACAGAUUGCAGCACAGCAGCUACUCGGUGUGACUGGAAAGCACUGGAAACCUCACAGAGAACCCCUCUGCCAGGUUUUCCUUCUCCCAUCCUGACCAUCCCAGGUCUUGACUACUCAAAAACGCCAACCUCAACCACCUCAGGCCUUGUCUACUCAAGGGAGACUACCACAACCACCCCAGGCCUUGAUCCUUCCUGAAAUCUCAAAGCCAAAUACAGAAACUUGGGGGGGGGGGACAUCUGUCAAUGAUUCAACCACCAGCAAGAAAACUUAUAAUGGGCCUUCCUCCCUAGAUCCGGGCACUCAGAAGGUGCUAGAAGCACAUAUUAUAAGAAACCUGGUGAGGCACAGAUGGAGCCUGUCCCCUCAGACCUCAAGACCAUACAUGUUUUAAACAUGAAGGCAGCUAUGGCUUUGCCCCUUUCCACAGUCCUCCAAUGCCCCCUCUGUCCUGGGACUCUAGAAAUGACUCCACAGUCUAAAUGGCCAGUGCCCUGGGAGAACCUUUUCAAAAAGCCCCAGAAAAAGGAAAUGACAAAAAACAAAACAACAACAACAACAACAAAAAAAAAAAACCCAAAACCUUCCACUGUGGAAUCCCCACAGACUUGUGCUUCUGCCCUCCAGCUAGAAUUCCUGAGGCUCCACAUAGUGACAACUCUGGUCCCUCUGAGGCCCCUACAACUGUCCAGGAGGACAGUAUGACUUUUGUGUCCACCCCACAGAGUCUUGUGGGCCAAGCCUAGCACAGUGUUCUUGGAGUUUGGAGAGACAAUUCAGAGCUAAAUCUGGGCCUAGUCAAGGGUGUCAGUGAGUCACAGGAAAGUGAGGGCUUGGCUGUAGGAGAUUUGUACAAAGGGGUGUCAGUUCGGGAGAUCAGUGUGGCAUCCCCGUCACCAAGCAGCAGGGAUAGCAGGAAGCUGGAGGAUACAGAAGAGGAGUCCUGUGAGUGCGAGCUCCCCGUGGAAUCUGGGGAGAUGAGUAAGUCUCAAAACUGAAUGGCUGGGGACUAUUUCCCAGGAUCCAGAAGACUCGGGCCUGAGCACAUUUCACUGCCCGGCCGCUGGCGUCAUCCUGUAGGACUGUGCCACGGAAAGUUCUUUCAAGACUGUGCCCCCGAGGUUCUGUUUGCUGCAGUUAUCCUGGCUUAAAGGCCCUCCCGGUCCAGCUUUAAGAAUAUGCCUAUUACAACCAAGUCAGGCUCUCAGGACAGGAAUCCUUUCCUGUCUAGAGAAGGGACCGUCCCCAAGAUAUCAAAACCCCAGGAAGCACAAUAUUGCCAUAUCUUUGAUCAAAAUAAUAACAUAGAGACUAGAAGUCUCAGGCAAGACAAACGUCUUACAGGGAUAAUUCCUGACCAAGUGGACAAGUCAAAUGACUCUCAAAAGAACUUUGGGAACAGGACGAAAAGCCUAAUAUUUUCAAUUUUGAUCCCCAAAGUCAAAGUACAGGAGAACUCCCCCCAAAAACUCAAGGGCUUAUCAGCCACGACACAAAGCCGAGGGUCAGUGGUGAGCAGACACUUCACGCCCUGCCAGGCUGCUCAAGAACAGGACCUCAUGAGCUCUGCUGGAUGGACUCCAGGGGAGAAAUUGGGGGUUCAUCAUAGAUGUGCCCAAGAUCCAGAGAGCUGUCACCAGAGGAUUCCGACAGCAGCAAAAAAACCUAAAACACACACUGUGUUCACCACGCCAAUCCUAAG